UUUAAUUAAACUUUGUGGCGGAAGCGUAAAGGAAGAAGCUUUGAUCUCUCUCUGGUUUAGAAAGAGAAAGAGAAAGAGAAAGAGAGAGAGGCACAAUUCAUCCAAAAGCUUCGAUCUUUUUGCCUUUAAAACUCAACCCUAACUGAUAAAUCGCCAUGGGCGAUUCCGCUUCUUCUUCUUCUUCCUCAUCACGCGUUUUUGUUCACAACUCUCUGGGCGGUGGUUCAGUUGCUGAUUUACUGCUGUGGAGAAACAGGACUGGUGCAGUCAUUGUCCUAGUCUCCUCUACUGUGUUCUGGUUUCUGUUUGAGAGAGCUGGUUACAAUCUCUUGUCUUUCGUCUCCAACGUUCUGCUUCUUCUUGUUGCCAUCCUCUUCCUAUGGGCCAAGUCUGCUUCCCUACUCAACCGACCUCUACCACCAGUUCCCAAUAUGGAGAUCCCUGAGGAGUUUGUAGUUAAGGUUGCUGAUGAUAUUCGUGUUUUGAUCAAUCGUGUGUUGUCAAUUGCAAGUGAUAUAACCGUUGCUAGAAAUCCCAUUCGUCUUCUUCAGAUGUCACUGGUCUUGUGGGCGAUAUCCUAUGUGGGGACGUUAAUCAACUCCCUCACUCUUGUCUACAUUGGGAUUCUUCUAAGUCUUUCUGUUCCUAUUGUGUACGAGAAGUACCAAGACCACAUCGACGAUAAACUGAACUCGACUUCUAAAGUCAUUCGCAGUAUCUCAAUGAAGAUUCCGAUGAUGCCCGUAAGCAAAGAAAAGAAGUACCAGUAGUUAGUUAGCUAAAGGUGAAAACAACUGCUGAUUUGUUCACAAGACUAAGUAACACACAAGAAAGAGCCCCAUUACUGGAUUGCUUGCUCUAAGAGGAUGAUCAAGCAGCGGAUCAAAGUGAAUCGCAGUACAGUUUUUUGUUCAUUUCUUUCUGAUUUGGCUUUCUAGGUUUUUUUUUUUUUAUUAAGUUCUUCUUAGCCUCUGUUCUAUGUUCAUAGAGUUUCUGGGGGUUUUUCCGUUUGGCUGAGAACUAUUCGUCUUUUAGUUUACACGAAUGCUUUGUGGGAUUGUUGUUGCAGUAGAAUCAAGAAAGAUAAAAACACUAAUACAGUUUGAGUGGUUA